AUGUCCAGUUUGUCUACGGUGGAUCCUGGAAAUGUAUUCUCCACAUUCGAGCUACUCAGAGGCCAUAAUAUCCGGUGUUCUGUGAUUGGAAUAAGUGCGGAACUAUUUGUUUGCAAACAGCUGGCAAAAAUUACAAAUGGCAAGUAUGACGUGGUUUUGGACCAAGACCAUUUCGAACUGCUCCUCUCGCAACAUACUGCUCCUCCUCCGUCGACGAAAGCAGCUGAAUGUAACGCAAUUCGAGUGGCGUUCCCGCCUCACACAAUCGUUAAAGAGCGCUCAUUUUGUGUAUGCCAUCCAAUGUCUGCACCUCUGUCGACAUCACGUGGAUUCCUUUGCGAGCAAUGUGGUGCUCGACAUUGUUCCUUACCAGCCGAGUGCCGUGUCUGCCGAAUGACACUCGUUGCCGCCCCGCAACUGGCUCGAGCAUUUCGGACACUUGGUCCCGCUUCCUGCCUUCACACCUGUUUUCAG